AUGGAUCAAAAAAACAAGGCAAGCAAACUUAAAAAAAGAGUGAUGGACACUAUUAAAGAAACUAAAAAUGAAGAAACAAAAAAGACAAAAACAACAUCUAAGAAUGAAACAAAUAAGAAGGCUAAAUGGACAAUAGAUGUAUCUUCAAGUGAUAGUGGAACUGAUAAUGAUAAGACAUCUUAG